ACCCUUCUCACCCAACACCACUCAGCAUAAAGAUGGCCAAGACCCCCUCCAAGAAGUCCGCCAAGGCGCCCAAGAAGGCCGGCGACAAGAAGAGGACCAACAAGAGGACCGAGUCGUACUCGUCGUACAUCUACAAGGUGCUUAAGCAGGUCCACCCCGACACAGGUAUCUCCAAGCGCGGCAUGUCCAUCAUGAACUCGUUCAUCAACGACGUGUUCGAGCGCGUGGCCGGCGAGUCCGGCAAGCUCACCCGCUACAACAAGAAGGCGACCCUAUCAUCCCGCGAGGUCCAGACCGCCGUGCGCCUCAUGCUUCCCGGAGAGCUCGCCAAGCACGCCGUUUCCGAGGGCACCAAGGCCGUCACCAAGUUCACCUCGUCCUAAUCAGCAAGCGAGGCCGCCGUGAGGUUUGCACACGAGUACAUGGCGUUUAAGGUGGGGUGCAGGUACGGCAGCGCCGCCGGAGGCGGCACGGCUGCCUCCAACCCCAGCAGCAGCAGCAUGCCUCCGAGCGAGAGAGCCGCCAUCACUCCAAGGCGUGUGCGAGUCAAGCACCUGUGCAGCAAGUACGUCAGUCAGUUUGUUGAAGUACUUGGUGAUAUAGUGCGAGGUGGCGAAAGAGGAGGGAGAAGAGAGAGAGAUCGAACCGGCCUGCCAUCGUACGCACAUCUUACUCAGGGUCACCACAGACAACAAUAUUUUGUAAAUAAUAAAGCGGUGGGCAGCAAGUGUAUCUGAUACCUAACCCAGGCAGGGUGGUGAGGCACCCACCGGACGGUUUCUGCAUGCAUUUAGCUUGGCGCGUCACUAAAAAUAUUAUUCGUGAUGUAGCGUUGCGUACAUAGCUCUUGACGGUUUCGGUUUCUGGAGGCGUCGCUGUGGAAGUCACGUACCCCCAGGUACAACAGUACCCCG